GCUGGCCAGCGCGGACACACCAGGUUCUUCUCCGAGAGCGGAGCUGGAGCCCGGCCCGGCUGGAAUCUUUUGGCAACGCGCGCGCAGAGCCCCCGCUCGCGCUCCGCUUCCAGCCGACACGCUCCUGCCUGUCCCCGGCUCUCCCUCCUGCCGUUCCCGACCUGCCUUCCCUGCAGAAAGCUGGCGCUGGGAAGGGAGACGGAGCACGUCACGCUGUUCCAGGCUGGAAUCGCACUGUGGUUUUACCCCCCAGACUCCAAGAAACCUGCUUCUUUUUCAGCAAAGCGGACCCUGAUCUCCCGUUUCUCCGCUGCAUGCCCGCUCACAAGUGCUGGAUUAUGUUUGUCUCCUUCUCCCUUUGCUCCAUAAUUUGGCUGAAUCGCGGUUUCAAGCUCAGGAAAAGGGGCUGCACCUAAGCGUGCCGGGACAGCCAGACCAAGCUCCUGCGGUGCUGGUUCACGUUGAGACGUUUGGAGCGCCGAUGGGGGAGAGCUGCCUCUGAAAUCCCUCCUUUCCCACCCAAAACCACACCGCCUCGCCGUUCACAGCCUGUCUCCCCGCCGCAGAGAGGAUGGGCAGCACCGAUGGGUUCCAGUACCGUGCGCUCUACCCCUACCGCAAGGAACGCGAGGAGGACAUCGAUCUGCUGCCCGGGGACAUCCUGGUGGUCAGCAAGGGGGCCCUGCAAGCCUUGGGCUUCAAAGACGGGGAUGAGCAGACCCCUAAUCAGAUCGGGUGGAUCUUGGGCGUUAACGAGCGGACCAAGCAGAAGGGGGACUUUCCCGGCACGUAUGUGGAGUACGUGGGGCCCGUGAAGAUCUCGGUCCCUUCUCACCGGCCGCGGGUGCAGAGACCCCUCCCCGCCACGCCGGGGGCUGGCGGGGGCCGCUUGCCGGAGGCUCUGGAGCAGGCGUCUCCUCUCCCGGAUCUGCAGGACCAGUUCAGCCCUCCAGAGCUCGCGCCGCCGCUGCUGGUGAAACUGGUGGAAGCUAUUGAGAAGAAAGGGUUAGACAGCGAGAUGUUGUACAGGACAUCUGGCUCCGAACUGCGGCAAGCGCUGCGAACCGAUUGGACCCUGGGCGACCUGGAGCCCUUCGACGUGCACUCCCUGGGCGAAGCGCUGCGGGGUUACCUGCAGGACCUGCCGUCCCCCAUGGUGCCGGUGGCCGUGCACGGGGACAUCCUGCGUGUCCUGCAGGAGAUCCCCCAGCCCGAGAAUUGCCGGAAGCAGCUGAUGCUGGCCCUGGAGUCGCCUGCGGUCCCGCUGCAGAACACGCUCACCCUGCAGUUCCUGCUCCGGCAUCUGGGGAAGGUAUCGCAGCAAGCCGAGAGCAACAACCUCCACCCUCGGGCCCUGGGCGAGAUUUUCGGGCCCCUGCUCCUCCGGCUGCCCGGCGCCAGCCCGGAGCUGAGCCCUGACUUCUCCGUGCUCUUCCUGGAGAUACUUCUGCAGACGAAGGAGUUGGAGCCAGAGCAGUUGCCUCCAGCUUUGCCUCCAAAACCUCCUAAGCCAAAGCCCAGCGCAGCCAGCUUGGCCAACGGGAACAGCGUGCCUUUGCAGGACGCCGAGUGGUACUGGGGGGACAUUUCUCGGGAGGAGGUGAACGAGAAGCUCCGGGACACGCCAGACGGUACCUUCUUAGUGCGCGACGCCUCCAGCAAGAUCCAGGGAGAGUACACGCUCACGCUCAGGAAGGGCGGCAAUAACAAGCUGAUCAAGAUCUUUCACCGGGAAGGGAAAUACGGCUUCUCUGAACCCCUGACUUUUGGCUCGGUGGUGGAGCUCAUCACCCAUUACCGGCACGAGUCACUUGCCCAGUAUAAUGCCAAACUGGACACCAGGCUGCUCUACCCCAUCUCCAAGUACCAGCAGGACCAAGUGGUGAAAGAAGACAGCGUGGAGGCCGUUGGGGAGCAGCUGAAGGUCUAUCACCAGCAGUACCAGGACAAGAGCUGGGAGUACGACCUGCUGUACGAGGAGUACACACGCACUUCGCAGGAGCUGCAGAUGAAGAGGACGGCGAUCGAGGCUUUCAACGAGACCAUCAAGAUCUUUGAGGAGCAGUGCCAGACGCAGGAGAAGUGCAGCAAGGAGUACAUCGAGCGCUUCCGACGGGAGGGCAACGAGAAGGAGGUGCAACGGAUCCUCAUGAACUCGGAGAAACUCAAAUCUCGCAUCACAGAAAUCCACGACAGCAAGAUGAAGCUGGAGCAGGACCUGAAGAAACAAGCCUCGGAGAACCGGGAGAUCGACAAACGCAUGAACAGCCUCAAGCCAGACCUCAUGCAGCUGCGCAAGCUCCGGGACCAAUAUUUGGUGUGGCUGACGCAGAAAGGAGCCCGGCAGAAGAAAAUCAACGAGUGGUUGGGCAUCAAGAACGAGACGGAGGACCAAUACUCCAUGAUGGAUGACGAGGAGGAGCUGCCGCACCACGAGGAGCGGACGUGGUACGUGGGGAAGAUCAACCGCUUGCAGGCGGAGGAGAUGCUGUGCGGCAAACGAGACGGCACCUUCCUGAUCCGCGAGAGCAGCCAGAAGGGAUGUUACGCCUGCUCCGUGGUGGUGGACGGUGACACCAAGCACUGCGUGAUCUACAAAACGGCCACGGGCUACGGGUUCGCUGAACCCUACAACCUCUACGCCUCCCUCAAGGACCUGGUCUUGCACUACAAGCACACGUCCCUGGUGCAGCACAAUGACUCCCUGAAUGUCACCCUGGCUCACCCCGUCCUGUCCCAGCCGCCGGCCAGAUGAGCAGCCCGUGCGCCACGCAAGAGCUGCCUCCAGCUUCUCCCCAGGGCGCUGCUUUCUGGCUCUGGACUCUCGCACCCUGUAUAGUUCGAGUCUCUGUGCUCCUGCCCCUCCAGAGCCUCUGAGAUGUCUGUGACCGUUCCUGGUGUCCCUUUUGGUCAGUAGCUUGAAACCCGUGUUGGCUGGUGGGACAAAAAGAACAGGCUGAGCUGUGGAUUCUUCCAGCCUUUAGGAGGUGGGAUCCGGUUGGGAUUUGAGUCGCCGGGAGGCACACGCAGCCCACUCCUCUUCCCCGACCAGCAGGUCAGAUCCUUUCUUGCAGGCAGGUCGUCCCGCUAUGCGGCGCCUUCCCGAUUCCUUGGCGCGUGUCACCGUCCCCGUGUCACCGCGGGGUCCCUGCCUGGUGCCGGAGGAGGAGGAGGCUCAGCUGAGCGUGCGCAUCCUCCGCUCUCACUCCCCUCGGGGGUCUUGGUGGUGUUCGGUACGAGAGGUGCUGCUCCUCCGACUCAUUUAGGAAGGAGAAUCCCCAUCCUCCACGGGGCUUCUGGGCCGAGGUCUCUGCUCAUGUCACGCUCCACCUCGCCGUCUUGUCCCCUGGUGUCACCGCCCCCGGAGCGUUGCUGUCCGGAUGUGGUUAAGCGACGAAUCUCUUGUCCCAGUUGUGCCAACUAAGCUGUGAACCCCCCGUCGGUACCCGUGGUUUCCCGGCAGAGUCCAGGGGAUGCGCAGCUGGUCGUUUCACGCUUGUCUUCUGGUGAAUCUUCGCAACCUUAACCUGUUGUAGCUCUGUAAAUACGGUUCGGUUCCUAAUCGGCUGCUUCCCUAGUCCUGGUUUUUGCUGAACUCCCGCAGGCGCCCGGCUGGGCCGUUCCAGACUCGGCUCCGAGGGGCCAGAGGUGACACACACAACGAGCCCCCCCGGAAUGAAGGACCUGUCUGCCGCGGGAGGACGGUGUCUCCUGAGCGCCUAGAAAUGUAUAUGCAUGACGUGGAAUUAUGUAUGCAAAGCACUUAUAAUCGUCAGUACUGUACGGGGAGCCGGGCUGACGGAGCCGCGGGUCGCUGGCGCGGGUUUGGUGUGGUGUUUUGGAUAACGCUGAGGUCAGAGCGCUCGGGGGCAGCGGGGGGCCCUGGAGGAGCUUCCCGAGUUGAGGCCGCGGUGGCGUUUGCUCCGCUGGGUUAUUUUGCCCGCCUGGUUGGGAGAAAACGUCUGUGAUCCUCUUGAUUUGCCAGAGAGGCUCUUCCCUUCUCGGGGCUGCGGCUGGUGGAUGCCGGAGCUUCUGCCGCUUCCGCUCGGUGUCACCGCCCCAGGGACCGCGCCGUCCCUUGUGCCCGCUCAGCGCUGCCGCGGGGCGCUCCCCGGAGCCUUUUGCAGCUGCGAUUGCUGGAGCAAAACGUCUUAUUCGUGUCGCUCGCGGCGGCUUCUCGGCCGCACAGCCCCCGCUCCGCGCUGUGGUUUUGGCUCUGGUUUCCCGGCGUUCGGUGCCGUGACGCCGCGUUUGGCUUUGGGGAUCGCUUGGAAGAAGCCGUCGGGGAUGAUUAAGGGACUGGUUCGGGCUCGGCCGCGUGAGAGGCGAGCGCACGUGUGCUGGGCAGGGCGGCCGGUGCUCAGCCCUGCACACCCUCCCAGGGCUGGGGGGGCCCUUCCGACACCCCAAAUCCCGCUGGGCGUUCCCAGCCUCUGCUGCUCCUGCCCCCCAUCCCAGCUUCUCCUCAUGGUGGGUUUUUUACCCUUUCUGCUGAGCUUUCCCCCCUCGCUGUCCCUUCCCGCCCAGAGCCUCUUGCACCCCAGGAGCACCGGGGGGUGACGGUCCCGGCCCCAGCGGGGUGACACCGCUCGCGAGUCCCGGAGUCCCGUGCACAACGAGGAGGAAAACGCCCUUUCCAGGGCCUCAUUCCCCGACUUGCCCCCCAAAACCCAACUUACCCCCCCGCGCUCCGAACCCGCGCACCCCCCGCAGUCAGCUCCGUGUCAUUGUCCCUUUGCUGCUUUCGCUCGCGCUGACCCGGUAGCGACGUGUCUCCAAAGCUCCGCUUCGCUGCUUCGUGACCCCCAAUCCCGUGUCCCCAAACCCGUGUCCUGUGGGUACAACGUGGCCGUUCCUGCUCCCCGGGGCACAACCUGGGGCUUCGUCCCUUCGUGUCCCCCGUGUCACCGGUGGCUUUGUGCUCGGAGGGGACGUGGUGACCGCGCGGUUUUUAGUCCCUAAGUAUCCGCAAUAAUCAGUAACUCGCCACCUGGGUUGUUCGUUGCCAGCAGUGCUCUCUGCCCUUCCUGUUGGUGUUCACUAACGUAAAACGGUCUUUGUUACGGUAAGAGGAUUUGGUUUUGUACGGUACUUCAGCAGAAAAAGACAAAAAAACACAAAAACGACCAAAAAAACACACACACAAAAAAAAGAGAAGAAAUAAACAGAAUUACUAAAGGGGC